UAAUGUGCUUUCACUUUGAUCCUGAUUUUGCCAUUCCUAAGCUUCCUUGGUUUUGAGUCAAUUAAUGAAGGGUAGAACCUGCUUACUCAGUCCACUUUCCAUUCAUCUAUUCGCCCUAUUCUCUAAGGAUCCAGACUUCCCAACUUACUUAUUUUGUUAUACAAUACAGGAUAUUCUAGCCUGGGAUUGUUGUAUUAUUUUUGAUUGAUGAGAAGAAUCCAAUAAAACUGUCUGGUCAGGUUCUUUGCCAUUCUCGGGGUUUAUGAUUUGUUUACAAACUCCUAAUUAGUUCAUCUCGAUUUUAAUUCACAAAGGUCAGUUAAAUUUAAACAGUAAAGAAUGCAGUAUAGGGCAACUUUAAAUCCAAACAAAUAAAUCUUCCUGUGUUUAUUAUAAUUUAUAAUAUUUUAGUCUUCAUCAUUAAUUUAUCUUCAUAAACUUCAUAUUUCAUUUCAUAUUAUUCAAUUUUAAUGAUUUUAAUUCUAGGUUAUGAGUAGUUUGUUUACGUCCGUCGUUUACGUUCUUUACGUUUACAUUUUGACAAUUUGGAUUUAAUGACAAAUGACAUAAUUAGGUUUGGGAAUAGAUGCGAGUCAGAAUCAAGCAAUCAAGUUACACAAAUUUUCAAACACCUCACCUGACACAGCGUCUCAAGUACGAUUGCGCGAAUUGGUAAAUGUAACUCCGCACGACCACGCAACUCGAAACACAAGUACGCAAACACGGUUGCGUGAAGCGUGGCUCGCAAUCGUGAAAUUUACGAGACUUGCUCGACCUGUAGAUUCUUGUGUUUUUGAGACUCUAAUCUAAGUCACAUCUAAUGUAUAUAAAUUUUUGAAGAGUGAUUCCAUUUUGUCUCGACAAGUUUUUCAUAUUAUACAUUAUAAUAUUGUUAUGGCAUUUAUAAUUCCCGAUAAAGUGUUAGACGCAUUAAUUUGUACAUUUUGCCAUAAAUAUUUAUCAGUGAAACCCAUAACAGUUUAUCCAAAUAGAUAUGUAGAAUGUGGACGAUGUGUAAUGAGGGAUAAACAUCAAAAACAAGGAGUAGGUGUUGAAUCCCUAUAUGGAAAAAUUGCUGAAAAUUUUGUAUUUAAAUGUAUUAACAGAUUUGAUGGUUGUCGAGAAUUGUUAACAUAUUCUCAAGUUCUCGAUCAUGAAAAGGAAACCUAAUACCUGGUAAGAUGGGAAGAAGUUAUCAAAAAAUAAGCGAUGGUUGGAUUUUCGCUAAAUAAUUGACAAUCCAGCACAACGAUUUCUCCUUGGCCCCUUUGUUUUCAUAAGAACUUGCUUUUCCACCAUAUGGUAAAAGUUUAAUAAAUAACCAUUUGAACUACAUAGACACCAUAGUUUGAAUCUAAACCUAAUUGGUUUUCCUUUUAUGCACAUCUAUGUCUUCCAAAAUAUGGCAGCCUUCCCUCAUAUAUUGAUAGAUUAUGAGAAACUACGCAUGUUUUCACUUGAAUUAUUAUACAAAACAGCCAAAAAUGUAAAAUUUUAAUUAUUAUCUAAAUCCGUCAGUGCUAAGUUAGUGAGUUGACUCAGCAGCUCCUUCUUACUUCUUUUUUUUUAUGUAAUUAUGUUUAUUUACAAUCUACAUUUACUUAAUCAAUGCUUUUCUUGCGGAUAAAAAGUUCUAUGACGUCAUAUGUUUUUCAGAGCACUGGCAAACUGAAGAAAAUCUAAAAUUAAUUAACAUCUCCGGCUUUUCACUAGCUAACUUUUUCUGUAGGGUUGAAAAGAAGCAAGGUGGCGUUGCAAUUUAUGUAAAAGAAAAUCUUAUGUAUUCUUCUCUUAAUCUAAAUGAAUAUAACGUAGAGCAAACUUCAGAGUUUUGUGCAAUUUAUAUACCUUCAAUGAGAACCAAUGUUUUAACUGUAUACAGAUCAGGUAAUGGUGACUGUGACUUGUUCUUGGUGAAUUUUGAGAAUGUUAUAGCAUUCUUACUUAACAAAGCAGACAAACUGAUUAUACUUGGGGAUUUUAAUAUAAAUUUUAAAAUUAAAUCUGACUCUUCUUAUGAUAUUCAAAAUCUGUUAAUGUCUUUUGGUCUAGAAAUAACGAUAAACGAUUAUACUAGAAUCACAUCUCAAUCCAGUAGUUGCAUCGAUAACAUUAUGACUAACUUUUCUGAAAAUAUCUACAGGGUGGGCGUAUUUGAACCUUGUUUCUCUGACCAUCGAGCACAAUUUAUAUCUAUUGAUUCUGAUCUUAAAGUUGUUGACACUAAUCAAUCACUUCAACGGUCUAUUACUUCUUCUGGUUUGCAGAAGCUUAAAUAUGCACUAGCUAGUACAAAGAUGGACUUUUUCUAUGACACCAAUAACGAUCCCGAUGUCUUGAUGUUCUUUUUAACUGAAACUUAUAAUAACUUAAUAUUAAAGUUUUUUCCAUUAAAAAAAGUACGACAAACUGCUAAAAUAACACCCGUGCAAUGGUUUAAUGACGAAUUAAGGUCUUACAGAUCUAAUCUUUCUCUCAUUAAACACAUGGCAGAUGUCACUAAGGAUCCCGAUAUUUUCAAACUAUAUAAACAACAAAAAUAUGAAUAUAAUCGGCAGUUACAAAAUGCUAAAAAGUCGGCUUACUCUGGUUUUAUUACUAACUCCAAUAAUAAACCUAGAGACUGCUGGAAAAUAUUAAACUUCGAAAGAGGCAAUACAAGAUCCAGUUCGGUACAACCAGAUCUAUCUCCAGACGAAAUAAAUCAAUUUUUUAUUACAAUCGCAGAGAAUAUAAUUACAUCCCUUCCCACUAUUAAUAACGAUAUCCUCUUCAGUUACAGAAACUAUCCUUCCCCGAGUAAGUCCUUUUGUUUCCGACCCGUUGUGGAAGAUGAGAUCUCUCAAAUAAUUAAAUCUCUUAAUAAUUCCAAUUGUAAGGACGUUCACGAAAUUAAUAGCAAAAUUUUAAAAGAAACUCACCAAAUAGUUUUAACACCUUUCACUCAUCUUAUUAACUUAAUUUUAUCAACUGGAGUAUUUCCAGAAGCACUAAAGUAUUCAAAGGUACUACCUAUCUAUAAAAAAGGUGAUUCCUCGAAAGCUGACAAUUACAGACCCAUAAGCAUUGUUUCUACAUUCGGGAAAGUGAUUGAAAAGGUGAUCAAACAACAAUUAUAUUCUUAUUUUGAGUCUAAAAGUUAUUUUAGCAACUCGCAAUAUGGAUUCAGAAGUGCUCGUUCUACUACAAACGCGGUAUAUAAUAUUGUGAGCGAGGUGAUUGAGGGGCUUGAACGUGGCAAUCGCAUAGCAAUUUCUCUCUGCGAUUUGUCGAAGGCUUUUGACUGCGUUUCACAUGACAUUUUGCUCCACAAAUUAAACUAUUAUGGAGUCAGAGGUAUCCCUCUUAAGCUUAUCUCUUCGUACCUAUGUGGUAGACACCAGGCUGUAGUCUCUAAAGGUUAUCUCUCCGAUUUUCGACCCGUAAAACAUGGAGUCCCACAAGGUUCGGUCUUGGGACCUCUUUUAUUCAUUAUAUAUGUCAACGAUUUGCCUCAUUUCAUAUCUCCGUACAAAUCAGUACAAUUUGCGGAUGAUACGACAUACAUAAUAUCAGGUAAUAAAAAUGAGGAUUUAAAAAUGGCUUACGAGGAAGUCUCUGAUAAAUCUAGCACAUGGUUUGCUGCGAACAAACUAAAACUCAAUACUGAAAAAAUGCAGGACUUGAUUAUAUCUGCAAGUGGUUUACAUGGCGAUCCAGAUGACAAAGACACUGCUAAACUAUUAGGAAUAACCAUAGACAAUCGAUUGAACUGGUCGGCUCAUAUUUCACAAGUAAAGGCGAAGCUGUCUAGUUCAUUGUUUCUUAUUCGUCAACUAGCAAGGGUUGUCAACUUUGAGACAUUGAAGGUGACAUAUUUUUCUUUAUUUCACUCACACCUAAGCUAUGGAUUAAUCUUAUGGGGCAAUUCAACAAAUGCUCUUCAAAUUUUCAGGAUGCAAAAGAAAGCUAUCCGGAUUUUAGCAGGGGUUAGUAAUCUGGAACAUUGCCGACCUCUCUUCAUCAAAUUAAAAAUUAUGCCGCUACCCACUCUGUUGAUAUAUCAAGUUCUGACUGAAAUUCACAGAAAAAGGUCCCAUUUAACAAAGCAGUCUGAUGUUCACGUUCACAAUACGCGAUACUCUCACUAUUUACGAACAAAUCGCUCUAGAUUGCGUCUUUCAGAUAAAAAUUGUCUUAAUUAUAACUACUACAAUAUUUUACCAAAAGAUAUUAAACAGCUAAGCUGUUACAGUUUCAAAAAAGUAAUAAAAAGGUAUCUGUUGAAACAUUGCUUUUAUUGCUCGGAAGAAUAUAUGACUCAUUGCAGAACAUCUACUGAAAUGCUUACCGUGACACAAAAUAUUUUUUGUUAAUCUAUAUUCUUGUUUGUGAUACAUAUUUAUAAGUUGUGUUUUAUAUUUCUGUUUUAUAUACCUUGUGAUUUUAU